GUUGACAGGGCACAACAACACACAGUCUUUGUGCAACGCAUUUUCAUUACUAUCGACGAAUUAAAACAGAAAAUUUAACAUUUUCCAUGCCAAACACUAAAUAAUUGCACAACCACCGCAACCAUCAGCUGCUGAAGGAGGCGCAACGUUUCGUGGCUGGACAGAAAGACGAAAUGACGGCACGGAAUCCCCAAACACUGAUGGCAUUGCCCAACGAAGAGAAUUUUGACUUCCUAUUCAAAAUUGUGCUAAUCGGGGACUGUUGCACGGGCAAGACAUCAAUAUUGCAACGCUUCAAGACGGGCAACUACGUGGAGCGGCACGGCAACACCAUUGGCGUUGAUUUCUCAAUGAAAACCAUUGAAGUCGAGGGCAAGCAAGUCAAGCUACAAAUCUGGGAUACUGCUGGGCAGGAGCGAUUUCGCACUAUUACUCAGAGCUACUACCGUGCCAAUAAUGGCGUCAUAAUUGUCUACGACAUAACGAAGCGUUCGACAUUUGCCAAUCUGCAAAAAUGGAUUGAAGAGGUGCGCCGCUAUACAGCUUCCAAUGUGCUGAUCAUAUUGAUUGGCAACAAGUGCGAUCUGGAGUCCGAGCGCGAGGUGGACUUUGAGGAGGCGCGCCAAAUGUGUCAGUAUAUACCUGAAAUUCUAUUUGUUAUGGAAACGUCCGCCAAGGAGAACACAAACGUCGAAGAUGCCUUUCGCUGUCUGGCCACGGAACUGAAGCGACAACAUGACUCGAGCAACGUUCAGCCCUUGGAUGAGCACACUGUGCAGCUGGGCCAGAGCAAGCCGCUCAAGAGUUGCAGCAGCUCUUGCAAUCUCACAUAGACAACUCCAAUUAUUUAUGAUUUUGAUUUUAUUUUUGUGAUCAAAUGUUCAUGUGGCUAUAAUCUUUUAG